AUGAUUGGUUCUCUUCUAUAUCUUACUGCAUCUAGGUGGGACAUUAUGUUUAGCGUGUGUAUGUGCGCUCGUUAUCAAUCAGCUCCUAAGGAAUUGCAUUUAAAAGCCGUAAAACAUAUUCUUAGAUAUUUUCAUGGUACUUCUAAGUAUGGGCUUUGGCAUUCCAAGGGAAGCGAUUAUAAUUUGGUUGAUUAUAGUGAUUCCGAUUUUUUCGGUUGUGAAUUGGAUAGGAAGAGUACUAGUGGAAUUUACCACAUGUUUUCAAAUUCCUUAGUAAGUUGGCAUAGCAAGAAACAGGUUUUUGUUGCUUUGUCAACUGACGAGGCGGAAUACGCAGCGACCGUGUGUCAUUAUUAUGAUAACAUCUCUGUUUUUGGUUCGAGUGGUGGUAAAUCUAUAUAUCGCCUUCCUAGAGCACAUGCAUGUGCAUUAUUUCCGGAGCACUAA